CUCAAUUCCCAUUUCUACUCACAAAUCUUGUUUUCUCAUCUUGUGAUCAUUAGUGAUUGUUUUAUCUUUUCACUCUCCAAAAAUGUCUCUCAUAAAAAUAUCAUUGUCUAUGUUAGCUCUAUGCUUGGUAUCAGUACAAGCAGCAAGGUUUGACAUAGUAAACCAAUGCUCCUACACCGUAUGGCCAGCGGCCACACCCAGCGGCGGAGGUCGGCAGUUGAACUCAGGCCAAACAUGGCCCCUAGACAUCCCAGCUGGAACUUCAUCAGGCCGAGUUUGGGGCCGAACCGGUUGCAGAUUCGACGGUUCUGGCCGUGGAAGUUGUCAAACCGGUGAUUGUGGUGGCGCCCUAAGUUGUAGCUUAUCCGGUCAACGUCCCCUCACUCUUGCUGAAUUCACACUUAACGGUGGAAACAAUUUGGAUUACAUAAACUUAUCUGUAAUUGAUGGUUUUAAUGUUCCAAUGCAAUUUAGUUCAACUUCUAAUGGAUGCAACGUAGUACUAAACUGCAGGGAAUCAUCAUGCCCCGAUGCUUAUCAAAAUCCCAAUCAAAAUGAAAAAGUGCAUUCAUGCCCCGGUGGUACCAACUAUAAAGUUGUAUUUUGCCCUUGAUUAAAUAUUAUUGAACCUAAAUGUAAUAUUGUGUCUGCACUCUAUGUGUAGUAUAUAUGUACAACAAUAAUAAAAUAUUGCUUAAUUUACUCGUGAAAUUAUAAAUAUAUAAUUUCUGGAGUAAGGCAAUUGAUAUAUAUAUGGAAUAAAUUGUUUUACUUAUGAUAAAUGAAGCUUUCGUGGUAUGUUUUGUUAAAUAAUAUAUAAAUAAUAUAUUAUAUUAAGGGUA